AUGGUUUAUGAUUUCUGUGCAGUACUGAAUGGAGGUAAUAGCAUUACCCUAGCUGACAACUCGACAAGCACAGUAACAUCAUUCACCCCAGAAGAAAUAAUAAAUAAACACAUGCACAAGCUAACGCCUUUUGAGCACGGUGAAAUAUUUCGUUUCUCUGCCGUUUACUUUUUUGGUCCCAAUGCAAAGAAGCGUCGAGGAUUCAUUGGUGGCCCAAAUAACUGUGGCUAUGAUGACAAGGACGGUUUCUAUAUUCAAGUACCACAUGAUCACAUUGCGUACAGGUAUGAAGUGCUGAGAGUUCUAGGGAAAGGAAUAUCUGGACAAGUCAUGAAGGUCUAUGAUUACAAACUGCAACAACAUGUUGCAUUAAAAAUGUUCCGCAACUUGAAAAAUUAUCAUCAGCAGGCCAUGGAUGAGAUACGAAUGCUAAAACAUCUGACAAAACAGGACAAGUGCAACAACAUGAAUAUCAUUCACAUGCUGGACAACUUCACAUUCCGAAAUCAUAUGUGUAUGACCUUAGAACUUCUCGGCAUAGACCUGUAUGAACUCAUUAAGGCAAACAACUUCAUGGGUUUCAGUUUACCAACAGUGCGAAAAUUUGCCCACUCUAUCUUACAGUGCUUGGAUGGCUUGCAGAAAAACAAAAUCGCCCACUGCGACCUCAAACCAGAAAACAUUGUAUUGAAGAAACAGGGCAAAACUGACAUCAAGGUAAUAGAUUUUGGAACAAGCUGUUAUGACCAUCAGCACAUUGACAUGUACAUCCAGACUAGAUUUUAUCGCGCACCUGAAGUCAUCCUUGGUGGUUGCAUCGGAAUGCCUGUGGAUAUGUGGAGCAUGGCUUGCAUUCUUGCAGAGCUGUUAACUGGAGAUCCCCUAUUACCUGGGGAAGAUGAAUAUGAUCAACUUGCAUGUAUAAUUGAGUUAUUUGGCAUGCCACCCAAAAAUGUCCUGGCAUCUUUCAAAAGAAACAAAAGUUUUUUCUCUUCCAAAGGACAUCCCUAUUAUUGCACUGUUACUAGCCUGCCAGAUGGAUCAGUGGUACUGAAUGGUAGUUACUCUGAAGCAGGUACAUGGCGUGGUCCACCUGGCAGUAGAGACUUUGUCACCGCACUGAAAGGCUGUGAAGAUCCCCUUUUUCUUAAUUUUUUAAUCCAGUGUUUUGAAUGGGAUCCUGCACUGCGCAUGAAACCUUGCCAGGCGUUCCAACAUGCAUGGCUACGAGGACACAUGUCAAAGUCUCUAAAAGAAAAAAGUGGCUAA